AUGAAAGCGCGGCGAGCUGCGUACGACUAUUUUUUUCACAGCCCUUCCGCCGCCCCGCCCGGCGGCGUUGACUUGCCCGUUGUCUCGUCACGCGCUGCCGCGCUGCCGGCGUGGGACUCCUUCAGUCCGCUUUUCUCCGGCCGCGAAUGGCAGCUCUACGCCGCAUCCGAAGACUCCAGCGGCGGCGGCGGUUUCGACGGAGCUCAGUGCAGCAGCGGGACUGGCGGUAUCGGGGCGGGUUCAAAAGACUGGCGCAGGGGCUUCAUGGGCUCCGCGGAGGGAUGUGGCGGGGAUGGAUGUUACAGCGACGAUUUUCGAGACGACGAGUCGUCUGGCUUCUCGUCCCGCAACGGCAGACGCAGCCCAUCCUUCUUCUCCCCUCCGCGCCGCCACCAUGACAGCAGCCGCUUCUCCUCCGCGCCACGGCGCUUCUCCUCCGCGCCUCAGCGCUUCUCCUCCGCGCCACAGCGCUUCUCCUCCGCGCCACAGCGCUUCCCCUCCCCGCCACAGCGCUUCUCCUCCGCGCCUCAGCGCUUCUCCUCCGCGCCACGGCGCUUCCCCUCUGCGCCUCAGCGCUUCUCCUCAGCGCCACAGCGCUUCUCCUCCGCGCCACAGCGCUUCCCCUCCCCGCCACAGCGCUUCUCCUCCGCGCCUCAGCGCUUCUCCUCCGCGCCACAGCGCUUCCCCUCCGCACCACAGCGCUUCCCCUCCCCGCCACAGCGCUUCCCCUCCCCGCCACAGCGCUUCCCCUCCCCGCCACAGCGCUUCCCCUCCGCGCCCCAGCGCCUGCGCUGUCCAUGA